ACAUUUGUCUCCCACAUUUUUUUGCAGACAACGAAGAGGCCGACGGAGAAGAGUCUGAAAACAGUAAGACACAUCGUGAAACAAAGUGUCUGUCGAUGCAACUGCUCUGCUUCUGUAUAAGAAACUAGGUUGUUGUUUACAUGUAGACAGCCACGCCUGCUUGUUGUAGUUGUUGCCAUGGCUUUGGUGGUAACUCGCAACCGCAUCAUCAAGAUUAUCGAACUCUGCUGGGCGUUUUGGAACUCAAAUUGAUAUGUAAUUGAGCCCGGCCCGCCCUCACACGCGACCAAAAACCUGGCACACAACGUGGAGUUUGUCGAGGGCGUCUGCUAGAGGUUAACGCAGGAUUUCAGCCUGUUACACACUUUAAGAUUUUCAUUUGAUAAUUCUCAAUCUGAAUUAUUUAACCUUUUAGAAACAGCCGCUGGACCUGCAGCAGAGGUUUUAAACGGGAAAGAUGAGAGGCACUUCAAAUUAUGCUGUGAAAAAUGCAAAGCCAUCCAGCAGAGCCAUGGCAAUGAGCUCGUCACCCCCAGGAGGAUCUCCAGGGGACGAUUACAGGUGCAGCUGGAAGGAGAGGGCACCUACGAGUGUUCGGUCACCGGCCUGGUUUUCGAGGCAUCCGAGCCGGUUCUGGUGCGGUACUCGAUUUUAUCCUGGUCCAAGUUUGGUUCGUUCCUGCGGGAUUCCUGGAAGUUCGCUGGACCUAUCUUCAACGUGGACACGGUCAACAAGGACGCGUCUGUCCUCAAGUCCAUCCAGUUCCCUCACUCCGUCUGCCUAGCUCAUCCAGAAAAUGAGAUGACAUUCAGCGUCCUGCACAUAAAGAACAACCGUCCCCUCAUCGAGCCGACGGUGGACCACUCAGGUAGCCACGUUAAGUGGAAUGUGACGUCGCUGUCCCCCGUGGGUCCCAUUAUUCAGACGAGCCAGGGCGUCGAGCACCACGGGGUGGUCCUGGUCUACAAGCAGCUCGGCAGCGACAACAACAACUACAGCUUCCACGUCUACCUGGCUACAAACAGCUCGUCAGAUAUCAAAGAUAUACGCAAACAGGUACAGGGAUACAAGAACCGCUACAUUCGGAUAGACAAGCCGCCCACGUGUAAACUGGACGAGGGGACGUAUCGCCUCCUGAGCGAGCCAGAGGGAGAGAUUAAACCUCAGGACUUGAAAUUCACCCUCGCAGUUACGAAGAUGAAAGGCUACUUUGAAGCUUUCUUCGAGCAGGCUCCUCCUUUUAAAUUAUCUCUUAUAGAGAUUAACACUGAGGAGACUGUAUGGUCGGCUACCAUCAGAGAAGGUGACUGUGUGAAUAACUCAGAACAGAAGCCAAGGAAAAGGACUAGCAGCAGACAGAGGAGCAGCAGCCCUUCAGAAGAGGAAACAGCCUGUAAAAGACCUCGGUGGCAGGAUGAGUCAGAUGGAGUGAAAACAGCGAUGACUCAGGGCCCAGACAUGUCAGAGAAGCAGCUACUGCAGGUGGCCAAGCGACUCGGGAAGGAGUGGAAGCAGGUGGCCAUCUAUCUAGACUUGAACUCCAAGGAGCUGGAUGACAUCCAGGCAGCAGAGAAAGAUGUGACCAUGCAGAAGCUGAAGAUGCUGGUGGUGUGGAAGGGCAGAAGGCGGCCGGGAGAAGCCACGGCUCACCACCUGUGGAAAAGUGUGGAGGACCUGGACGACUUGCCAAAUGAGGUUCAUCAGACACUGCAAGACAUGAUGAACAACCAAACAGUGAAGUGAACAGAAUAUGAACUACUGAGUAUCUGUCGCUCCAUCAUCGGGAAGAAACAACGUUCUCAGGAAUACAGCAAAGCAGAGUUGACCUCUGCGCUAAACAUCAGCUCUUCCAUCAGUGUGUAUUUCUCUUUUGAAUACUUUCUAAGCAUGAAAGUGUUUAUAUAUGUGCAUUUCAUGAAAAGGGUCAGUGUCUUAACUUUGAGUUGGCAUUUUCCCUAACAAUGUUCAAACGUGGUCCUUUGGUUCUGUAGUGAGCACAGAAUAGUCAAGCUGUACCUAAGCAUUGAAAUCUUGUGUAGCCAGAAUGUGAUGCUCACCAUUAUCAGGUUUGAAAAUGACCAGUCAGGGUUUAGGGGUCAUUGGGAUGUUUAGUAGCUAAUUAUGUAGCCAGUACUAAUAGUAAGUGGAGGUGCUGCAGUGUUUCAACUGCAAAAACUGGGAAAAAUCCAACCUGUGUAUAUUGUUUCACUUUGAAAUGAGUUUGUGGGACUUUUUAUAAACCAAUUAGGCAUUACAUCACAUGCACAGACAUGUGACUGUCCAAAGAGUUACAGACUGAAUUAUGGAAAUAUUUUGUCUUACAUAUGUUGAUACUUGUUUUAUAUUUGUGCACUAUACGUCCUGUACAUAUCUUUUCUUUGUUUUUGUUUUUUUUACCAUCAUUUGCAAACUUAUUUUUUUAUGUCUUUUUUUUACCUUUUUAUGUUUUAUUUCACAACUGUGACUGUAAAAAAAAGAAAAGAAAAGAAAUGGAGGUCUGAAGUUAUGUUGAUGCUGUUCAACUUGAACUGAGAAUUACUUUCUUGCCCUCCUGAGACUGGAACGCACAUGUUGUUUUUUGAUAAGUAUGAAUGUUGUUUUUGUAUUUCACAUGGGUACACUAGAGAAAAACAACUCACAUUUGGAUUCAGGGCUGAAUUUGAGUGUUUUACCUGUGUAAGAGCAGCUAAAAAAAAAAAAGGGCACGAUCCAUAUAUGUUGGAGCUUUUCAAGGCUUAUUUCAAAAUCUUAGAGCAAUUAAGAUUUAAAAAAAACAAACUUCCCCACAAGCUCCUUGUGGAAAACUUUCAGUUACCUAAUCUUAGAUGACACUGUUUUCAGACAUCUCGGUAAGCACUAAUGAGAAAAAGCUGCAGAAAUGGCAUCAGGAAUAUUGAUUGUUUUCCGUGCGGAUUCUUUGCAGUAAUGUUUACAUUUACCAGCAGCAGUCCAGUCCAUCCGCUUGUUUCUAUCUGGUCAGAAUCCCUCCAAAAUCUGCAAAUGUUGACUGAAUAAAACAUCGCAAAGUCUC